CCGACGUUGGACACCCGCCCGCCGGGCAGGGCAGACGCUUCCUGGCUGCGCUGGGAGCUGCUUGUCACCCGCCCGCCAACAAACGGAGGAUGCCGAGAUCAACCCCGGCUCCCGACACGUUUCCUCCGGCAGGCCCGGGGGAGGGCCCUGUGUGCGGGGACGGCGCUGGGGUAGGACGGCGCGGGCAGCCGGGGCCAGCCGGAGCCGGGGCUGAGCGCCGCCGCAGCCGCCGGGGCCCUGCGCCCGUCGCCGCAAGGAUGAGGCGGGCCGGGCCCUGGUGCCUGCUGUUGGCCGCGGCCUGCGCCCUGGGCCGGCCCCCGCCGCCGCGGGCCGCCGUGCGCUGCCAGGUCGCCGGCGCCUGCUUCAGCGCCCACCUCGCCAACCGCUCCUACGCCGAGGCCCGCAGCGCCUGCGAACGCCGGCAGGGCAGCCUGGCCUGGGUCAGCGGCGAGCCGGAGCUGCGCCUGCUGCUGGGGCUGCUGGCGGAGGUGGCGGCGGGGCCCGCACCUUCGCUCUUCUGGGUCGGGCUGAAGAGGAACGCCUCCACCUGCACGGACGCGGGGCAGCCGCUCCGCGGCUUCUCCUGGGAGGGUGCCGGCGGCGUGGCGGCCCUGCGGGAGGUGCCGGCGGCGCUCGGCCGGUGGGCGAAGGAGCCCGUGCGGUCCUGCCUCGCCGCCCGCUGCGCCGGGCUGCACCUGGCGGCGGCGACCGCUCCCGGCGGCGGCCCCAGCUGGGGCUGGAAGGAGCAGUCCUGCCACCGGGAGAGCCAGGGCUACGUCUGCAAGUACCAGUACGAGGGCGCCUGCCCCGACCUCAGCCCUGCGGGCGCCCUCGACCUCGACUACCUCCUCACCUUCGAGGAGCGCAGCGCCGGCCCCGGCUUCAGCCCGCCGGGCACCUUUCUCACCGCGGCGUGCCCCGGCGGGGAGCUGCGGCUCAUCUGCCAGCCCGAGCGGGGAGGCUUCGCCUGGAAGGGGGCGGCGGAGCCCCUCUGCCCCUGCCCCUUCGGCUACCGGAGCCCCGGCAGCGGGCGGUGCGCCGAGGCCGUCGGGUGCCGGGAUGCCGCCGGCGGCUUCGCCUGUGCCCGCACCCUGGGCGGGCGGGCCGGCACGUCUUACACGGCCACGGGGUCGGCUCCCACCGCCGCGGGCGGUACCGCGGAGCCGCCGGCUGCCGGGGCGGAGGGGCGCCGUCCCUCCGCCCCGGCAGCCGGCGGCUCCGCGGUACCGCCCGCCACCACCGCCGCCGCCGGCGGGGAGAAGACGGCUGUUCCGCCGGCCUCCUCUAACUACGUUUUCAUCCUGGUGACGGUGGCGGUGGUGGUGCUGAUCAUCCUGGUCAUGACCGUCUUGGGUGUCUUCAAGCUCUGUUUCAACAAGAAAUCCGAGGACCGCGGGGACAAGGAGCCGCCGGAGGCCGGUAGCAAGGCGGAGGGGGGCUCCGCGGAGCCGAGCGGAGCAGCGGACGGCGACUAGCCCCGGGGCGGCCGUAGCCCCGUCCCUUGGGGCUGCCCCGAGUGGCAGCUCCCCCCCCCCCCCUCCCCGGGGCAGCGCUGGGCUCCCCCGGCUCUCUUGCCCCCAGCCUGGCUGCCGCGGGGAGCUGAGGAAGAGGCGCCGUGGGACGUGGCUGAGCAGGACGCGCAGAUUGUCAGACGUGGGGGCAUGCAGAUACCCCCCCUUUUCAGGGGUUUGAAGCCUUUGGACAGUCAAGAGUUUUUGUCGGUCUGUAAAACAGUUAUUUAGGUGCUGGCAUAAGUAAAAUAUAAAUACAGCAGCGUGGCCGACAGAAGAUUGCUUAGCUGGAGCUGCAGCAGUUGUGGGUUUUUAUCUUCCCAAAACCAGUUCUUCGGGUGCCUUACUUGGAGCAAGUGUGAAGGGGACCACUUUGAGCGACUUGUAAUUUAGAAGUCACUCCUUGUCCGAGUGGUACUUGGAGGCUCUUGUUUUCUUUCUAAUUGCUGGGACGUUUGGAGAGGUGAACUGCCGUAAUUUUGGAGGAAACUGUGACCCCUACUCUUUCAGACUGACAUUCUUAGAAAUGAAGAGCAUUUCUAUACUUAGAAGGUCAUUAAAUUGCUGAGGAAGUGGGAGGUUAAUGGGGAGUCAGUUUUAUACUUCAGCUGAUGAAAAGAAUAAAGGAUGAUUUAAAACCUAAAUCACUGCUCUGUUUGUUGCUUCAUACAAUAUUCAUUUUUACUGUAGCAGAGCAACAAAUUUUUCAGUUAGUUUUUCUCCUAAGGUGCGUUGGUACAAAACUUGUUUUCUGCUGCAAUAUGUGGCUCCCUUACAAUCAGACGAGGUGCUGACAAACUUCGCGCUGUGAGAGCUUUUAAAGCGGGUCCAAAUACAUCAUGCAAAUCCCAUUCUUUUUAGUCAGAUAUAUUGUUUUUAAUGAAGUCCCUUUAGAGUAAGGAAAGAAAGAUUCACUCUUUGUGCCCCUUUCUAAAGGAGGUAAAUACUUCCUCUGCGAUUUCCCUUGGGAAUUCCCAUAAAGCAGCAUUUUGUCCUCACCGCAGAACUUGCGUUCUUUGCAGUUCAGAGUGCUGAUGCCCACUUCUUAUUAUGAUGGUGUUGGUUCUCAAUUAAAGUGGUAAUGCUAAAUAUUGAUUCAAGGUUCUGUGAGUGCAGUAAGACACAACUAAAGGCUCCUGUAAGGGAUGAGCCCCAGGCGACAGUGCUGUGAGCCCGGACAACGCCCCAAGAGAAAGGCAAAAGAGAAGUCAUGGGGAGGGACCUGGUGCCACUUCUCUUGAUUUGCCAUAAAAAAGUAUGGAAAAGUACUGGUGUUUCAACCACUCCUAGAACUCGGGCCAAUAAACAGGGGCACGUACAAAUCUGCAGGGGGACUUGCUCUACACCAACUACCCCUGUCAGAAGGUGCGACACUGGACCCAGGACAGGGACCAUCUCAAGAGGCAGAGGAUCUACAUGUGGCCAUCACCUUUUUCACCCACAGCCCGGAUAUAAAGUGCCUCUGCAACCAGUCUGGUUCAAGCCCACUAACCGCACAUAGCAGUCGGCCCCAGGAUUAUGAGAUGUGUCGUCUUUGUUUCUGCGCUGGGAAGGCUGGUGAGAAAGGAGAGUAAUUCUCUGCGUACCCUCCUCGGAGUGGGAAAAUGCUGCAGAGGUACCUGAUGGAUGUGCCAGGCGAAGACCAUUCUGUCUUUGUGCGUACCACGGGAAAUAGUCCAGUCCACUGACCAGAUACUGUUCAGAGCUAUCACGCUGUCGUGUAUAGGUCUUGGGCUAAACAAAGAACAACAAAAGUCGGGUGGAUUUGGGUGGCACGGGGCCAAUUUCCAUGACGAAGUGUAUGCAGUAGUUUUAAAAUAUUAAACUCAUGGGGAAAAUGCAGCCACAUACUACUGGUUAUGAGUGGUAGUUUACCCAUUUGUAGAUGAAUGAUGUUAUAGCUGUAUCAAGAGGCAAAAUGUCACCAAGAAAUACAUCACUGUAUUAUUCUUUGUUUUCCAGUGGAUUAAGCAUUGGUUCAAAUCAUUUUCAUAUGAAAUCUGAAGACUCUUAUUUGCAAUUUGGAAAGCAUUAAAAAGAGGUCUGUUUGUUUUCUGGUACACAUUAUUUCACAAGGACAACUGUUUGGUUUUGGGUUUUUUUUCCUAGUAGUUAUGUUCUAGUAUUUAGAAUAAUAGCACAGAAUGAACUAACUUUUUCUUCCAAAGCAAACGAAGAGUGAUUUACAGCUGUUGAUUACCUCUCCCACUGCCAAAGUCAAACAAAAGUCAGGGUGAAAAAAAGAAAAAAAGAAAAAAAAUAGCAGGAAGCACUGUUAGUUUAGGAUAAACAGAUUUUGUUUCCAGCUGAAACUACAGAGGCUGUUUUAAGCCAGUAAUCACACGGGCCCUGCGGAUUGGGAGUGAAUUAGUGCACCCAUCCGAAGGAAAGCCUGCCAUCUACUGAGGCACCAGCAGCCUCUGCGGCAGCACCCGCUUCCCUGCCAAGAACGAACACCACCCCGCUGCGCUCGGCCUGGGAGAACCGAAAUUAAAGUGCAUAUGCUGGUCGGUGUGCAGGCAUCCGUCACAGGUUUGUUUAAAGGCAAAGUGAAAAAAAACCACAAAACCCAAAACGGAUUUAAAAGAAAAAAGCAACAAAACCAGGCUCUGCUUUUCAUCAAAGCUGAAUAUCGGGUAUGAAUCACUGCUUCUUAACUUCUGCUUCGGCGUGUCUGAUGUUAAACAAAUCCAACAGUAGAAAGUAGACUGACUCUCUAUUCAAUCUGACCAUACACAACGAGAUGCCUGGGUGAAAAAGACCACAUAAGAUUAUGAGAUUUGUACCAUUUUGAAGAGAUCGUGAGAUUUUAAGUGAAGCUCUACAAAUAGCAUCGCAUGGUAUCGGGGGGCAUUUUACUGUUUUGACAGAUGUUUGGUUUCUGUGAAAAGUUAAAUAAGCUCAU